CGGCUGCCGCUAAGGACGGCGAGUCGCGAAAUCCCCGCGGCGUAGCACCGCCGACCGCCACGCCUGAACAUAAGAUUAAUAGCUAGUAUUUAUAUAAGACAGAAGAAGAUGUCAUUCCGGAAAGUGAACAUCAUCAUCCUAGUUCUCGUUGUCGCACUCUUUAUCUUGGUUUUGCAACAUAACUUCCUUGGCCUGAGCAGUUUGCUAAAGAACGAGGCUUCAGAUUCAAGAAUUGUGGGGCAUCAACCCAUAGACUUUGCCACAAGCUCUCCCCAGCAUUUGGUAGACGGACACCAAGAGGAGAUUCCUGUGGUGAUUGCUGCAUCGGAAGAGAGGCUUGGGGGUGCUAUUGCAGCCAUAAACAGCAUUCAGCACAACACUCGCUCCAAUGUGGCCUUUUACAUCGUCACACUCAACAGGACGGCAGGCCACCUCCGGUCCUGGCUCAACAGUGGUACCCUGAAAAGUAUCAGGUACAAAAUUGUGAAUUUUGACACUAAACUUUUGGAAGGGAAAAUAAAGGAGGAUCCUGACCAGGGGGAAUCCAUAAAACCAUUAACCUUUGCCAGAUUCUACCUGCCAAUUCUAGUGCCCGGUGCAAAGAAGGCCAUCUAUGUGGAUGAUGAUGUAAUUGUGCAAGGUGAUAUUCUUGCUCUUUAUAAUACACCACUAAAGCGAGGACAUGCAGCUGCAUUUUCAGAAGACUGUGACUCAACCUCUACAAAAGCCGUCAUCCGUGGAGCAGGGAACCAGUACAAUUAUAUUGGCUAUCUUGACUAUAAAAAAGAAAGGAUUCGGAAGCUUUCAAUGAAAGCCAGCACCUGCUCAUUUAACCCUGGAGUUUUUGUCGCAAACUUGACAGAAUGGAAAAGACAGAAUAUAACCGACCAGCUGGAAAAAUGGAUGAAACUCAAUGUAGAAGAGGGAUUGUAUAGCAGAACACUUGCUGGCUGCAUCACAACGCCGCCUCUCCUCAUAGUAUUUUAUCAGCAGCAUUCCACUAUUGACCCAAUGUGGAAUGUUCGCCACCUUGGUUCCAGUGCUGGAAAACGAUAUUCACCCCAGUUUGUAAAGGCUGCAAAGUUACUCCACUGGAAUGGGCACUUUAAGCCCUGGGGAAGAGCUGCUUCAUAUACUGAUGUUUGGGAGAAAUGGUAUAUUCCAGACCCAACAGGCAAAUUCAGCCUGAUCCGAAGACAUGUGGAAAUCUCAAAUAUAAAGUAGGAUUUCUGUCAUAAGCAUUUUUCAGGAAAUCCUGGAGAAGAGUACAUGUAGAAAUAAUAGUUCCUAGGCUUUAAUGUGUAUCUGAAUCAACUCGUGGGGAAUAAAGGGCAUUUUUACUGAAGAUGAAAUCACUGUUAGCUUCCCA